AUGCUUUUCGUCUCUGCUCGUGUCGCUGUCAAUGGUCCAAGUCCCGACACAACCGAGCAGUCACUACCAACCACCCUCCUUCCAGCCGGAACUUCGGUCGCCCUGUCCCGUAUCUUCGUGAGGGCUGUCCAGCCGAAUCUUCAUUGCCCUGUCUUCUUGCAAGGCACCCACAUGACAAUGCCCGGUGGUCCACUGUUUCAAUCUGUGGGUCGAGUUGACGCCCUCUUUACGGGGGGCUCAGGUCACACGACGCUCUCGUCCGGUUUCACAUCACGCCAUUCAAAAGGAUCCCGUUUCCCGACCACAUGGACAGGCCCCGAUGGCGGACAUUUUGGGUUGUGGCAGACCACAAAGUCGAGGCAGUCGAGGCGUGGACAACCCGGACGGCCAAUGCCGACGUCCAAAUCGACAUGGCGCCAGCUCAGUUGUGCAGUCAAGCCUCUGCGAUUGCAAUUCCGUGUAAGGGAAGGCCAUGGCCUCCACAACUUUGCGCAACCAGUGGCCUAUCUUCCAGACAAUGAGCUUCAAGGCGACCUGACUUACGCCAUCGAAUGUAGGUUAAACAGACCUAGUCUCUAA